GAUGUUCCGCACCCUUAAUCGUCAUUCAGCUGCGAAAUAUUUUUGUUUACUUGUUCAGAUUCAAAAUAAAUCAGCAUCGAUUACGUAUCAUUAUUUAAACAAGGCCAACAGAAGGGUACCCGAGGUGGUUCAGGUGCCGAUAGCCGUUUCAUUCCACCGCACCAGUGAGAGUGAAGUAGUGCUGCCCAUCUAGCUAGCUCCCCGCUUUGUGCGAUCUGGACUAUUUACCUCCUAUACAGGAUCGUAGCGGAUAAACAUUCCUGCCACCUGUACUGUCACGGCUGCCCAAAAUACGAUCACCGCACUCUCAUCCACGGUAUUAAACUCAAUCACGUCACAACGAGUCAUAAAUAGAAGUCAAUUGGCAGAAAUUACAUAAGCGCACACCGCCAUCCAUUCAACUGCUGCGUGCGAUUGAUAAAGACUCGGUUUUGGCCAGUUAUUGCACUCUUCCACCCGGAAGGAAAUCUUAUCAGUUUCGUAGACAGACAGCAGUCAAUCACCCGAGAUGGCAGCCACGCUAGGACGUAAGCUUAUCGACAGCUUGAAGAGCAAGGAGUUCCGGGAGUAUCUGAUGAGCACCCAUUUCUGGGGACCAGUGGCCAAUUGGGGUAUUCCGAUUGCGGCUAUCGCCGACUUUAAGAAGGAUCCGAAAAUAAUCUCCGGCACGAUGACCACUGCCCUCUGCCUUUAUUCGCUGAUAUUUAUGCGCUUUGCUUGGAAGGUCCAGCCUAGGAACAUGCUUCUGUUCGGUUGUCAUAUCACAAAUUUUACCGCUCAAACCGUGCAAGGAGUACGUUGCAUUAAUUAUAACCUGUCCAAAAAGGACGAAGAAAAAGUCAAGAUAUAACGUUGUCUCGUGAUAGCGAAGGAUUUUUUGUGUAUGGGAUUGUGGAAUAACUCGAAAGAGUUUUUUUUUUUAUAUAGGACAAAAUUGUAACCAAGCACAACGUGUUAAUUUGAACGUGCUAAAUCGGUAGUUUUCCUAGAAGUAUACGAACACGCUUAAGUAGGGUGCUUUAUUCAUUUUUGUUUUGCUUGGGAUAUCUGUUGUGUGUUUUAGAACUUAGAAAUGGUAGAACAAUUUGAAUUUUAUGAACAAUUGGUUUUAAGUCAGACCGGAUUGAUUUAGAGAAAAAAACGAGGUUGUAGUUUGAGUGACAGCAUCCUUUACGUUAUAAUUUGAAAAGAAUUUUUUCCAUAAUUCUUGCUUAUUGUAAUAUAUUUAAAAUCUGGUGAAAGUUGAACUUAGCUGAAGAAAUUCUUUAUCCAGUGCUAUCAUUACUGAUUUUUUAAAAUUUUGCCAUUUAGUCUGGUCUGACUUAACACCGACCAAUUAAGAAACAACAGAUGAAAGCAGCUAUCACCAAUAGAAAACUAGAAAAUCAACAUUCUCUUCAGGAGUGGUACAAUUAAGUACAUGCACAUUUGUAGAACUCGUGUUUGAACUGCACUAGAAAUGUAUUAGACCUACAAAGUAAAUUUCGCGUUGUUUGAAAUACCUCAUGAAAUCAGUUCAGCCAAAUAAAGGAAAAUAUCACUAGCCAAUAAUUGUGGAAUGCUCACAAACUGAAUAAUGUGUUCUGAAUAUUUUUCUUUCAAGAAUAGUUCCAUCAUCAUUUUCUUCAGUAAAUCAUAAAUCUGGAACAACUAUAGCUUUUCUCAUUUAAGUUAUUUAAAUUUAUAUUGAAAAUAUCCCAUUACUACUGGCGGAAAAAGUGCAAAUAAAAAACAUUUAUAAAACGAGUCGUACCUGUAUGCGAAUCGAUAUACGUAUAUUUUCUGAAAGAUUGUUUUUACAUGUGAAUUCGAAUGAUUACAUAAACAAUUAUAGAAGUUAAA